AUGUCCUCGCCAACAUCCAGACGGAAUAGUUGCCGUGGAGUCGUGUCUGGAAAUCGAGCAUCAUCAGAGUGCCAUGGGAGAUUUUUCAGCCUGCAAUGCAAACUGAAACUAGUGUUCAAGACUCUGGUCAGACGUCGCAGGCCUGCCCAGAACCGCUCCGACAUCCUCUCCACCUUCUUUGUGGAGCGCUACUCCUUCCCCUCUGGCCACGCCACACGGGCUGCCAUGUGUGCCCGGUUCCUCCUGGACCAGCUGGUGGACACAGAGUCCAUGCAGGUCCUAGUAGUGGGUUGGGCCGCUCUAGUGAGCCUGUCCCGGCUGUUGCUUGCCAGACACUAUGUGACAGAUGUGGGCUUUGGCUUGGCUAUGGGCUACUGCCAAUAUACUAUGGUGGAAAGGUUAUGGGUGACCUGGGACUGCCUGCAGGACCUACUGCACUUGCGACUGACAAUACUGUGA